AUGGAUGGAUAGAAUACAGAAAAUUAAGUAUAGAAUUCAUAAAUAAACAACUGCAUUUUAUCUGUCCGAUUUGGACAUGUCCAACUGCAUUUGAAUGCACCUCAAGUGUUCUCAGCGCCGAGAUUUCAAUGUUUACACUCUCAUUAGCCCUGACAGUUUCGUAUCAUACAAUGGCGCCGUAAUUAACUUGCGGUUUCUUAGCGUCCUAAAUCAGCAAUUGAAUAAUAUUUCGUUAUGCCGUUGUACUGCUGAUGAGCAAGCAACUGUGUUAUGGCACAGCUGUGAAAAGGUAACCAAAAUGUCGAAAGGUAAGUCAGGCUAGCUGUCACACGAGCACGAAAGCCAACUUCAAAAUAAAAGCACAGUAAGGCUAUUGUCGACAGUGUAUUUGGUGGGUUUAUAUUUUGAAGUUAGCGUGUUACGUUACAAGCAUGAUUACUGCGUUCAUGUAGGCGUACACGCCAAAUAAAUUUUGCGCAUGCAGAAAAAAAAUCCUCAUAUAUUUUUUCUAAGUUGAGACAUCCGAAUUACUAGAGGAUUCGUAUGGCAAAGUACAAGAGAAAAUACAACAAGAGAGUGUACUAUGUGGGCUUGAAGCUAAAAUUGAGAAGUGCUCGCUCAAAGCACUGGUUAGGGUUUUAGACUGUAUUUUUGGGGCUUGUGCCUGAAGAAAUUUACACACGACCUGCCUCAUUUGUCAGCGCGGCCAAAGGAAGGACAAACUCUGUGAAUGCACCGCAGCUGACGUGAACAUGCAUUCAUGAGAUAAGUGGUGCAAGUUACUGGGAACCGUUCGAGAGCACUUGACUCUGGCGGCCACGCGAGGGCAUUCGCCUGACGCGCUCUCCUCUUUCCCCCCCUGUGCCAAAAUCCCUCCCCUCCCCUCCUCCCCGGUCGUCCCCCAGUCGUCCCAGCCGGCAGCAGCCGCUCUUGAAGCGGCGUCCAGGCGGCCAUGAAGGCUCACGUGUGUCCGCGCAGGCUGGCCCUCAGCCUCCGCCUCCGCUCCCGGUCGGCGGUGGCGGCCGCCGCGCUGGCCGUGCUGCUCAUCCAGACUCUACUGGUGUGGAACUUCAGCAACCUGGACGGCUCGUCCGGGGGGGAGCGAAACGGCCGCGAGAAGCGAGCCGUCAUCCCCGAAAAAGCCGACGGGCAGCUGCACAGGAGCGGACUGCAGCGGAGAAGUGAAUUGUCAAAGGCCGCCGGGAGGGACAAGCUCCGAGUCGACGCUUACCGCUCGCACCGGCCCAAAGAGAAGCGACAUCCGUCCCCCGACAGCAACAACAACGAGAACUCGGUCCCCAAAGACUUGGAGCACGUGGACGGCGGGCACCCCGCAGAGCGCUCGCAGCGCCGGCGCGCCGACACCAAAGCGCAAAACGUGCCGGCAAAAGCAGCGCAGCGUGCGGUCGCGCUCCCUCGCGUGGGAGUGGGCGGCCGACCGCGGACGGCGCAGACAACAUCUGCCGCCCCGUCGCCGGCGUCAGAUUGCGAGAUGGGAAGCAAGGAAGUCAUCUCGGCGCUGUCGCGGGCCAAAAGUCGCGAGUGUCGUCAGCGGAUUGCCGAUGUCUACUGCCGCCACAAGGACAACCUUCUCAUGCCUGCCAAAUUGCCAACAUACUGCCCCCUGCAGGGUAAAGUGAGUGUGAACGUCCAAUGGGAUGAGGAGGAGGCAUCCGACCGGGCGCCGGGGUCUCCGGUGCGUCUGGCCUUCGUGCUGGUGGUGCACGGGCGCGCCUCGCGACAGUUCCGCCGCCUCUUCAAGGCCAUAUACCACACGGCGCACUUCUACUACAUCCACGUGGACCAGAGGUCGGACUUCCUGCACCGCGAGGUGACGCUGCUCGCCGGCCAGUACGCCAACGUGCGCAUGACGCCGUGGAGGAUGGCCACCAUCUGGGGCGGGGCCAGCCUGCUCAGCAUGUACCUGCGAGCCAUGGAGGACCUCCUGGACAUGCGCGACUGGUCCUGGGACUUCUUCGUCAACCUGAGCGCCGCCGAUUACCCUGUCAGGACCAACGAUCAGCUGGUGGCCUUCUUGUCCAAACAUCGGCACCUCAACUUCAUCAAGUCUCACGGCCGCGACAAUGCCCGUUUCAUUCGCAAGCAGGGCCUGGACCGCCUCUUCCUGGAGUGCGACACGCACAUGUGGCGGCUUGGGGACCGCAAGAUCCCGGAAGGCGUCGCCGUGGACGGCGGCUCCGACUGGUUCUUGCUCAAUCGAGCCUUCGUCGACUACGUGGUGCGAUCCACUGAUGAGCUGGUCUCCGGCUUGAAGCGAUUCUACACCUUCACGCUGCUUCCUGCCGAGUCGUUCUUCCACACGGUGCUGGAGAACAGCGCCCUCUGUGGCAGCAUGGUGGACAACAACCUGCGGCUGACCAACUGGAACCGCAAGCUGGGCUGCAAAUGUCAGUACAAGCACAUCGUGGAUUGGUGCGGCUGCUCGCCCAACGACUUCCAGCCCUCCGACAUGCCGCGCUUCCUGCAAACACCGCGUCCCACCUUCUUCGCCAGGAAGUUCGAAGCUAGCAUCAGCCAGGAAAUCAUCAACCAGCUGGACGCGCACUUGUUCGGGUCGCCGGCGCCGGGCCUGCCGGGCCUGAGCGCAUACUGGGAGAACAUCUACGAGGGGGAGACGGACAGCGCCGACGGCCUGACGGACGCCGUGCUCAGCCACUACCACGCCUUCGCCCGUUUGGGCCUGGAGCGAGCCGCCGCCUCACUGCAGGGACGCGCCGCCAAUGACAGCUGCAGAUAUGAGGCGACGGGGCUCCCCACGUCCGUGCAUAUGUACUUCGUGUCGGACCAGUUCCAGGGCUACCUGGUGCGCCACACGGCAGUCAACCGAGCCUCCGCGCGGAUGGAGACCCUGGAGACUUGGGUGACCCCUCAGGACCACUUCAGCCUGGCCGAACCCCCCAACCCUGCCAACAGGCUGCAACACAUACAGGUGGGGGCAGACUGGGACCCCAAGGAGCGAAUGUUCCGCCGGCGCGGCAGCCCGCUGGGGCCCGAGGACGAGGUGUCAGCAGUGCAGCGAUGGAGCCGCGCUGCGACCAACCUGACGGCGACGGUGGUGUGGAUCGACCCCACAAACGUGAUCGCCGCUACCUACGACAUCCACGUGGACGCAGGAGCUGACGUCACUCACUACCGCCCUCCGCUGGCUGCGCCGCUGCGGCCUGGCGUCUGGACCCUCCGGGUCCUCAACCGCUGGAGUCCACUUGGACAGACGCACUUUCUCAUCGCCCCUCUUGAGUUCCGCCGCUGGCGGCCGAUUACGGAAGAGGAGGCUCGUGUGGCGCACGGCGGUCCGUCGGGUCGGUCGUACAUGGAGCAGAGCUUUCACGGGCUGAACCCGGUGCUGCGUCUGCCGCUCAGCUUGGCUGCGAUGGAGGAAGCGGAAGCCAACGCCAGCCUGACUGGGGCGCCGCUAUGCCGCUGGCUGGAUCGCCUCCUGUCUGGCUUCUGGGCGGCUGCCGGCGUGUGUGCCGCCGGCCCCGCCCCCACCGCUUGCCCCAUCCUGCCUCGCUGCCGCCGCACCGCCUGGAGCUCGGACAGCCCCGAUCCCAAAUCCCAAUUGGGGCCCGCAAGGCCUGACGGACGCAUCAGGUAGCCCCAGGAGCCUUUGUGUACUUUUAUUUUGAAGGUCCGCACGCCUUCACUGUCGCACUCGAGUGCUGAAAAGAUUUUGCAUUUCAGUGGGUAGAUUUGUCCUCCUACUGAAAUUGGUCACCUUUAUUUAUUCACGAAUUCAUUUUCAUAUUAUGUCAUUUAAUAUCACACAUACUCCUAAAAUAUUCAUUCAGAUGCAUUUUUUAAUUUAUAAAUUUGUUAUUCAUUGAUCUCAUUUAAUUGUGAUUUACUGUAAUAUGAUCAUGUUCUUACGUAAUUUAUUGUUUAUAUUUUAUUCAUUCUAAAUAAUAGAAUACAAAGGAUAAUUAGAUAUUUCAUUGGUAGUUUUAUAUUCUAACUCAUAUUUUUUAAUUUUAUGAAAUUAAUAAGGAUUAUAUCAAAGCACAAUUUUUCCAUGAGCAGAAUUGCUAAUUGAUAGUUUUAAUUAAUUUAUAUCUCAUGAUUGGCGAAUAAGCAGAAAACGGGCAAAAUAAACAAUUUUACAUGUAACAAUGUGGUACUCAUUAGUUGGUUCAUUACAAUUAAAGACAGAAUAAAAAAUUGGAAUUCAAAUGCACUGUUGGCAAUUUUAAAGAUUAAAAUAAAAGCACAAAUGAUUUUCUCCACCCCGAUUUGGCCGUUUGCCGAAUGACGUAAAAAAGCGAAACGGUGCUUUUGACGGGAUGACUGCUCACUUCCUGCCUCUGUUUUGCGGAGAGUGACGUCACUAGAUUAUUGUGUGUGUGUGUGUGUGUGUGUGUGUGUGUGUGUGUGCGUGCGUGCGUGCGUGGAUGUGGGCACUUUCCGGUGUUGGGCCCCCAAGGAGCAGCCGGUGCUCAGGUAGGCACAAGACAGACGCAAAGAUAUUUAUUGAUUUAUGUUGGAAUGUAUUGACAAAGUAUUUAUUUGCUAUGACCAUGGCAAACACGGAACGUUUCAUUGCAGUGUGCCUCAAAGGAGUCCCUUGUGAGACUCAUUCUUGGGAAAAAAAAAAAAAAAUUGACAAAGACCAG